AGGCUCAGUUGUCACAAAAAAUAAAAAGGGUAUUAGUUGAACAUGGUGGUGCAUAGCUGCCGCCCUAGCUGCUCUGUGAGUUUGAGAUUGUAGUGAGUGUGACCCUCGGAUGGAGCCACUGCACUCCAGCCUGGGCCGCAUAGCAAGACCUUGGCCAGCGCCCCUCAGGACUGUCCUGCAAGAUAGACUGAAACGCAGGCUAAUGGUGCAUGUAGUUCUUAAGCCUGGAAAAGGGUACAGCAGGAAAAGAACCCAUGAUUUCACACUCACAUAAGCACCGCAAACUUGAAAAUAAAUAAUACGUUCAUUGAGACAUGAAAUUCCUGAGAUGGAUACUAAGGCUGGCCUUUCCAGGAGGCAGGUUGGUGAGGCAGACUUCCUAGAAGUCAGCGGACUUGUGUCUAUGCCUCAGCAACAGCUUCUGCUGCUGACCAGGUGACAACAGGGUCCUGGGCCUUGGUUUCCUCACACUGCUCCCAGAUGUAGGGGGACGUGAGAGUGCUGUGGGCCUGACCCAGAGGCUGCUCCAGGACGAGGAUGCCACUGUGCUUACAGAGUGCCGGGAGGGCUGUAGACACCCAGCGCUGUUGGGCCCUACAGUGCUCGUGUGGCUGACCAGGGGCGUAAUGUGCAACAGGAACAGGCCAUGGGAGAAGCGUUUUAGAGCAUGUCCAUUCAUUAGAGGAAAUCGUCAAUUUGGAAAAUGUACACUCAAGUAAAUAGAGGCCUCAAUGCUGAGGAGAAUGACUGUGAAAGUCCCCAACAGGUCAUGUACUGCUGCAUCGUGUUAAAAACUAAAGUGAAAACUCCCUUUCCUAACUUAAAAUUUUAACUUUGAAUUGUGGUAAAGUGCAUGUAAGAUUUAUUGUCAUAACCAUUUGUAAGUAUACAGUUUACUAUUGCUAAGUGUAUCCACGUGUGUGCAAACAAUUUGCUACUUCUGUUUCUUGAAUUUAUUCCCGAAGGAAAACUUUUUGUUUAUAAAAUAUUUAAUUGACAAAUAAAAAAAUAUGUAUGCCAGAUGUACAGCAUGCUGGUUUGGUAUGCAUAGAGAUUGUGUACUAACUGCCACAGCAAAUUAAUUAACAUGUGCAUGCCCCCUCUAGCUGCCAGUGUGUGGAGAGAGUAAAUUCUGCUUUUAUCAUGUGUGGUCAAAAGAACAGUUGUUUUGGUUUUGGCUUUUCUGUUUUGAAAUGUCAAAAAAAUAAUAAUUUCCCAUAACAAAAGUCCUUGGUAAACACCAACAUUAUGUUUCAUAUGUUCUAUGUCACCACAGACUUUAUAUUUGAUACUGAAGUUCUUUUUCGGCAAUACAAAGAUGAGAGCCAGAAAUGCUGGCAGCAGCCCCGUUCUCUGUUUCUAUCUCGUCACUGACCCCCACUUGACUUGGGGGAAUGUUCCUCGGCUCUGGCUAUUUCUGGCGGUGGCAGCCGCAGGUAGUGGCUUCUCCAGCUCAGCUUAGAGUGGGCCUCAGGAUGGGCCCUGUGCGUGUCAGCAUCCAGGGACAAGAAGAGACACUCCCUGCGGCUCACUCUUGAUGGCUGCUGUUCUGCGUUCCCUCCAACCCUUACUGAAGCCAUCCCCAGCUAGCACAGUGAGAGUCACCCUGUCCCUAUCCUGCACAGAUGGCCAGGAGGUGACGUCAGCAUGUAAGGACAAAUUUGGAUACAGCUUAGCAUGGAGCAAGGGUCAUAGGAGAAGGCCCCAUCUACACAUACACCAGAAAUGUGUAGGGAGAGGGAUGGGGGCUUGGGAUGGCCUGGGUUAGACAGAGCCCCUGGGAGACAAAGAACAAAGCAUCUGGUUGCAUAUUUGGAGUAGAGGGGCCUUGCUUACUGUCCAGCUGCUGGGCCCUUUGGGGACAGCAUUCACUUCUUUCUGCAGCCAUUUCUUCCAAAAAAAGUCCUGAGAUUCUAGCCUCCUUGUAACAAACUUUGAGCCUUUGAGGACUAGAUCGACUACAGGGAUGGGUUUGAAGCUUUGUGUUUAUUAUAUUUUUUUUAGGUGAAAUUCAUAUUUCAGGAAAUGCAAAUAAACCUAGUGAAGGAUCCAGUCUUCUACUAAAAUUCAGUUUGCCAAGGCACAAGUAAUAAGCUCACUCAGUUGGGCACUUUUGAAGACCAUUUUCUGAGCCUUCGGAGGAUGUUCAAUAACUGUGAAGUGGUCCUGGGGAAUUUGGAAAUCACCUAUGUGCAAAAGAAUUAUGACCUUUCCUUCUUAAAGACCAUCCAGGAAGUUGCUGGUUACGUCCUCAUUGCCCUCAACACAGUGGAGAGGAUUCCUUUGGAAAACCUUCAGAUCAUCAGAGGAAAUAUGUACUAUGAGAACUCAUAUGCCCUGGCAGUCUUAUCCAACUAUGGCACAAACAAAUCCGGACUGAGGGAGCUGCCCAUGAGGAGCUUGCAGGAGGUCCUGCAGGGCGCGGUGCGUUUCAGCAACAACCCGGUCCUCUGCAACGUGGACUCCAUCCAGUGGCGGGACAUCAUCAGCAGCGACUUCCUGAGCAACAUGUCCAUGGACUUUCAGAGCCACCUGGGCAGCUGCCAGACAUGUGAUCCGAGCUGUCCCAAUGGGAGCUGCUGGGGUGCAGGGAAGGAGAACUGCCAGAAAUUGACCAAAGUCAUCUGUGCCCAGCAGUGCUCUGGGCGCUGUCGCGGCAGGUCCCCCAGCGACUGCUGCCACAACCAGUGUGCCGCGGGCUGCACGGGGCCCCGGGAGAGCGACUGCCUGGUCUGCCGCAAGUUCCGAGAUGAAGCCACCUGUAAGGACACCUGCCCACCACUAAUGCUGUACAACCCUACCACCUACCAGAUGGAUGUGAACUCUGAAGGCAAAUACAGCUUUGGGGCCACGUGUGUGAAGAAGUGCCCCCGUAACUACGUGGUAACAGAUCAUGGCUCCUGUGUCCGCGCCUGUGGCUCUGACAGCUAUGAGGUGGAGGAGGAUGGCAUCCGCAAAUGCAAAAAAUGCGAGGGGCCUUGUCGCAAAGUUUGCAAUGGAAUAGGAAUCGGUGAAUUUAAGGACACACUUUCCAUAAAUGCUACAAACAUAAAACACUUCAGAAAUUGCACCUCCAUCAGCGGGGACCUCCACAUCCUGCCAGUGGCUUUUAGGGGGGACUCCUUUACCCGGACCCCUCCACUGGAUCCAAAGGAACUGGACAUUCUGAAAACUGUGAAGGAAAUCACAGGGUUUUUACUGAUUCAGGCUUGGCCUGAAAACAAGACAGACCUCCAUGCCUUCGAGAACCUGGAAAUCAUCCGUGGCAGGACCAAGCAACAUGGUCAAUUUUCUCUUGCGGUUGUUGGCCUGAACAUAACAUCCUUGGGUUUACGCUCCCUCAAGGAGAUAAGUGAUGGAGAUGUGAUAAUUUCAGGAAACAAGAACUUGUGCUAUGCAAAUACAAUAAACUGGAAAAAACUCUUUGGGACCUCUAGUCAGAAAGCCAGAAUCAUCAACAACAGAGUUGAGAACAACUGCAAGGCCAUGAACCACAUCUGCAGUUCCCUGUGCUCAUCAGAGGGCUGCUGGGGCCCAGAGCCGAGAGACUGUGUGGCCUGCCAGAACGUCAGCCGCGGCCGGGAGUGUGUGGGCAGGUGCCACGUGCUGGAGGGUGAGCCAAGGGAGUUUGUGGAGAAUUCCGAGUGUAUUCAGUGCCAUCCGGAGUGCCUGCCCCAGGCCCUGAACAUCACCUGCACGGGACGGGGACCAGACCACUGCAUCCAGUGUGCUCACUACGUCGACGGCCCUCACUGUGUCAGGACCUGCCCUGCGGGAGUCAUGGGGGAGAACAGCACCCUGGUCUGGAAGUAUGCCGACGCCAGCCACGUGUGCCACCUGUGCCAUCCAAACUGCACCUAUGGAUGUACCGGGCCAGGUCUUGAAGGCUGUGAUGGUGGCGGGCUCAAGAUCCCAUCCAUCGCCACUGGGAUUGUGGGUGGCCUCCUCCUGGUGGUGGUGGUGGCCCUGGGCGUUGGCCUGUUCUUGCGAAGGCGCCACAUAGUCCGGAAGCGCACGCUGCGCCGGCUGCUGCAGGAGAGAGAGCUCGUGGAGCCCCUCACACCCAGUGGGGAAGCCCCUAACCAGGCACUUCUGCGGAUCUUAAAGGAAACCGAAUUUAAGAAGAUUAAGGUUCUGGGCUCUGGCGCAUUUGGCACCGUGUACAAGGGACUCUGGAUCCCAGAAGGAGAAAAAGUUAAAAUCCCCGUGGCUAUCAAGGAAUUGCGAGAAGCAACAUCCCCAAAAGCCAACAAGGAAAUUCUCGACGAGGCCUAUGUGAUGGCCAGUGUGGACAACCCCCACGUGUGCCGCCUGCUAGGCAUCUGCCUGACGUCCACCGUGCAGCUCAUCACGCAGCUGAUGCCCUUUGGCUGCCUCCUCGACUACGUCCGGGAGCACAAGGACAAUAUCGGCUCCCAGCACCUGCUCAACUGGUGUGUGCAGAUCUCAAAGGGCAUGAACUACCUGGAGGACCGGCGCCUGGUGCACCGAGACCUGGCAGCCAGGAAUGUGCUGGUGAAGACGCCACAGCACGUCAAGAUCACGGAUUUUGGGCUGGCCAAACUGCUCGGUGCUGAAGAGAAAGAGUACCAUGCAGAGGGUGGCAAAGUGCCCAUCAAAUGGAUGGCACUGGAAUCAAUUUUACACCGAAUUUAUACCCAUCAAAGCGAUGUCUGGAGCUAUGGAGUCACUGUUUGGGAACUGAUGACCUUUGGCUCCAAACCCUAUGACGGAAUCCCUGCCAGUGAGAUCUCUUCCAUCCUGGAGAAGGGAGAGCGCCUGCCCCAGCCGCCCAUCUGCACCAUUGAUGUCUACAUGAUCAUGGUCAAGUGCUGGAUGAUAGAUGCAGAUAGUCGCCCAAAGUUCCGCGAGUUGAUCAUUGAAUUCUCCAAAAUGGCCCGAGACCCUCAGCGCUAUCUAGUCAUCCAGGGAGACGAACGCAUGCAUCUGCCAAGCCCCACGGACUCCAAUUUCUACCGUGCCCUGAUGGAUGAAGAGGACAUGGAGGAUGUCGUGGACGCCGACGAGUACCUUAUCCCACAGCAGGGUUUCUUCCACAGCCCAUCCACGUCCCGGACACCCCUUCUGAGCUCGCUGAGUGCAGCCAGCAACAAUUCCACUGUGGCCUGCGUGGACCGGAAUGGGAGCUGUCCCAUCAAGGAGGAGAGCUUCCUGCAACGGUAUAGUUCAGACCCCACCGGUGCCUUGACCGAGGACAGUGUGGAUGAUGCCUUCCUCCCAGUGCCUGAGUACAUGAACCAGCCUGUCCCCAAGAGGCCUGUUGGCUCUGUGCAGAGCCCGGUGUAUCACAUUCAGCCUCUGAGUCCAGCCCCUGGGAGGGACCCCCACUACCAGAACCCCCACAGCAGUGCCGUGGGCAACCCUGAGUAUCUCAACACGGCCCAGCCUUCUUGUGUCAGCAGCACUCUCGACAGCCCUGUCCAUUGGGCCCGGAAGGGCAACCACCAGAUCAGCCUGGAUAACCCUGAGUACCACCAGGACUGCUUCCCCCAACCGAAUGGCCUGGUCCGGGCUCCUGCAGCUGAGAAUGUGGAGUACCUGAGGGCAGCACCCCCAAGCAGUGAGUUCAUUGGAGCAUGACCACGGAGGACCGUGGCAGCUGUGAAAUCUCAGAAUCUGCAGAUGCCUAGGACCGAGCCAUGGCAGCUACUCCAGUCCCUACACCCGUGCCCAUGUCCACUCUCAGACCCAUGGGCUGGCAAUGACACAUUUGCUCUGACCAGCCCCCCCUUUCAGCCAGGAAGUGCCGCUGACUAAAAGGGGUGCUCUUUGGGAAGUUGCAGUCACAUUCCUUUGUCUUCAAACUGUGAAGCUUCCACACAAGGUAUCCGGCAAGAAUGUUGUUAUUAGGAAAAAAUAAAUAUAUGUAAGGAUUGUUA